AUGGGAGAGGCGCUGCUGGUGGAGCUGAGGGCGACCCCGGGGUUUUAUAAAGCGCUCAAGGGGCGAGAGUGCCCUGCACGGAGCCAUGAGGGCGCCAGCGGCGCCACACCCCUGGGCACCAGCCAGCUAGAGAUGGGGGACUGGAAGGAUCUGGGGGCGCUCCUCGGCUGGUUCAGGGACGGCGUGGCCGCCGACCCAGAGGCUGAGCUGGCCUUCUCCCCCAAGCUCACCAAGGCGCUCCGAGCCAGCGUGCACGGCACGGCCACAGCAGUGGGCCUUGGCGGGCUGGGCACCUCCAGCCGUGGGCUGGGCGAGGAGCGGCGGGUGGUGGUGAUGGCCAAGACGCGGGCGGACCGCGCGCUGCCCGUACUGGAUGAGAAGCAGGACCACCAGGCCUUUUGGACCUACAGAUGGGCGCAGCAGGCGGGCCUGCAGGCAAGCAGGGCGCGGCGGCGUGGCCGGGAAGCGGCCUGGGGCUUGCUGCCGGCCACCGGGGUGGUCAGCCGGGAUGAGGUGACGGAGAUGGUAGUGAAGGGAGCCCUCACCCCGCAGCUGCAGGCCAUCUGGGACACGCAGGCGGCGCGGCAGAAGGCGGUGCAGCAGCUGUGCACGGCGGUGGCGGCGGGAGACCUCGCCGCGGCAGAGGCGGCGCUGACGGCGCAGCCCGGCUUGCUAGCCGACAAGAUGUUUGAUGUGGAGUCAGGCGUGGCGCCGCUGCACGUGGCUGCGCGGGAGGGGCAGGUGGCCGCCCUGGAGCUGCUGCUCAGCAGGGGAGCUGACAUUGAGAUGCUGGACGGGCACGGGUGGACAGCGCUGCAGGUGUCCCGCAAGUUUGAGCAGAGCGAUGCCGAGGGCGCACUGCUGCGGGCGGGGGCCCACGACCCUGUGUGCGGUACGGAGCGGGACAACGCCGCCGCCGACGUGAGCAGCAACGCAGACGACUAUGUGGACCUGCAGUACCAAGCGGGCGGUACAGUGUUUGAGGCGGUGGCGGAGGAGGAGGCGGGCGACGGCGAGGGGGCCGCCGCUGCCAGCGACUCCGCCCGCGCCCAGGCCGAAGCCGUGGCGCUGGCCGCACAGGCGGCCGCCGAGGCCGAGGCGGCCGCGGCAGAGGCGGCGGAGGAGGAGGCGGCAGAGGCGGCUGCGGCCGAGGCGGCUGCCGAGGUGGCCGCUGAGGUGGCCAUCAACGCCUUCAACGUCGCGCUUGCGGCGGCCGAGGCGGCCGAGGCGGCGGCCGAGGAGGCCGAGGGCCUGGGCGGCAGCGAGGCCGCCGAGCGCGCCGCCGCCUUCCGCCACGAGUGCGACGCGGCGGUGGCGGCGGUGGCGGCGGCCGCGGUGGCGGCGGGCGAGUCGCAGUACAUUGACGAUGUACUGACGCCCGCGGGCAGCCGCGGCGCCAUCGAGCUGACCUCCUCCCCACCGGUGGAGCUGGCCUCUGUAGCCUCUGUGUGCGGCAGCGACCUGGCGCAGCGCCACUCCCUGGAUUCAUCCGACCUUGGGGCCGCCGCCACCAGCCCGCUGUCCACCGGCGGCUCCGUCCCCAGCUUUGUGGCCUCCCUUCCCAGCGGCAGCGCGGCAGCGGCGGCGGCCGAGCAGGAGGAGCAGGCGGAGAAAGAGCAGGAGGAGGAGCAAAAGGAGGAGGAGGAGGAGGAGGAUAAGCUGGCUGCAGCGGGCGCCCAAGCGGUGGGCGCCGCCGGCGAGGCGGUGGCGGCUUCCGGCUCCGCGGCGACCGCCACGGGGCAGCUGGCCGGCGCCGGCGCCGCAGGGGCGACCCCGCCCGAGGGGCAGCCUGCCAGCGAGGCGGUGGCGGCAGCGGUGGCUGAUCUGCAAGCCAAGGCGGCUGUGGCGGCGGAGCAGGCGGUCACGGCCGCCAAGGGUGCCGCGGCAGCUGCGGGCAAGGCGGCCAGCGCCGCGCGUGCCGAGCUGGAGGCAAAGCUUCCCGAGUGGAGUGUGUGGGUGCAGGAGCACCCGGGCAGCGUGAUGGCGGGCGCCGGCGUGACGGCGGCGGCCAUCGCCGCGCUGCUGCUGAUGGGCAGGCGGCGGUGA